UCCAUCUUCCUUGUCCGGCAAUCACACAGCAAGGGGAAUGGAGAAAAAUUGAAAUCUUAGCACGCGACUAGCCAGCUCUGCAGGAAACAAUGGCAGCAGGGGGAGUCGACGAGCUGAAGCUUCUGAGCACCUGGUUCAGCCCCUUCGGGUCCAGGGUGAAGCUCGCGCUCGACCUCAAGGGCCUGCGCUACGAGUACGUGGAGGAGGACCUCACGAACAAGAGCCGGCUCCUCCUCGAGAGCAACCCCGUGCACAAGAAGGUCCCCGUGCUCUUCCACGGCGGCAGCGCGCUCUGCGAGUCCAUGGUCAUCGUGGACUACAUCGAGGAGGCCUUCGCCGGCGCCGGGCCGCCGCUCCUCCCCACCGACCCCUACGAACGCGCCGUCGCUCGCUUCUGGGUCGCCUUCAUCGAGACCAAGCUGGUGGAGCCGUGGUUCCGGAUGCUUGAUGGCACCAGGACGCGCGCGGAGAUGACGGAGGGAGUGAAGCAGAUGCUGGCGGCGGUGGCGACCCUGGAGGGAGCCCUGAGGGAUUGCGCCAGGGGGAGGCCCUUCUUCGGCGGGGACAGCGUCGGGUACGUGGACGUCGCGCUGGGCGGCCUCCUCGUGUGGGUGCUCGCGUCCGAGACGCUGCUCGGCGUGAGGUUCCUGGACGCCGGCAGGACCCCGCUCCUCGCGGCCUGGGCCGAGCGCUUCGCCUCGCUUGGCGCGGCCAGGGCGGCCCUGCCGGACUUGGGCAGGGUGGUCGAGCAUGCCAUGAUGCGGCGGGGCGCCGCGGCAGGCGCUCUGGCUGCGGACAACUGAACGCGCGCACACGUACGGUGAGUCGUCGUCGUCUCGUCGACCGAAAACUCGUGUUCUGCGUGCGGUGUCACGGUGUGUUGUUAGUGCAGUACGGGUGGUCAGUUUAUACGUCUUAUGGCCUGCCUUUCUACGCUUUCAUGUCUCGUACGUGUUUGAGUAAUAAGAAGACUAUCGGUU